GAGUGUGACAGAGAUAGAGUGAGAAAGCAAGGAAGGAGGCACAGGGACAGGGAAGAGAGCACAGAGCUCCUAGAGUAGAGAUGGGGACCGAGCACUGAGGCAGAGAGGUAGCUGGAGGGACUGAGAUCUGCACGCAAACGUGAAACAGAGGAGGGACAGGAGGAAGUCAGUGGAGGUGGAAGGGGAAGGGGGGGGGAUGCCAGAUGAUGGAGCCUAGACAUAGGUUUCACAGGACAAGCUCUCCAUCCCUGCUCCCUGCAGCAGACAUGACUCUGGGCACUGGACUGGGACGAAAUUAGCGAAGGGGGGGACGACGACAGGACAGAAGGUCUUCGGAGAGAGCUGCUUCUUGGCUGGAUGCAGCAAGGCGGCUGAUUUAUUACCGAGGGGCUGGGUGGCGGCGUGUUUUUUUGUUGUUGCGUGAGUACAUGUGAGUGUCUACGUGUGCGCGGGGGGUUUUUAUGGGUCCGUGUGGCGCUCUGAGCUAUACGGGGGAGCGAUCCAUUCCUCCAGUCAUGAAGUGACAUUCAGCAGACAGGGGCUUUGUGUUCUGGCGUGGGUCUGCAGUGAAGUGGGGAGGGGGGGGAGAGGGAUUCGAAAGCUGUCACCGAGCGGAAAGUGUGUGUGUGUUAGGCGAAGUGGAUCAGCUGUGUGUGCCGUGUGUGUGUGUGUGUGUGUGUGUGGGAGAGUCUUUAGGUCAGAGCAGCAAGGAUGCAGCAAAGACAAAGAUGCACAAUGCAAGGACGAGUGCCGAGCGACACCGACGGUCGAGAGUGCAGCUGAAGUAGAAGGAGUGCCCCGGGGGUAGGGGAGGGACGGAGGGAGAGAGGAGGAGAGAGAACAGCUAGAGGACGGAGAGAGGAAAGUGGAACAGCGAGAGGGUGAUCAUGGCUGUUGUACAGUGAGCUGUAGCAUAUGCUGUAGCGCAGAGCAGAGUGCUGCUGCAGGGGGGGUGGAGGACAAGCAUCACUGCACUGUAGAGGAGGUAGUGAUGGUAGGGGGUGGGGGGGUGCACACUGACUGAGGGGGGGGAUGCAGUGAGUUCAGCACCCAGAAAGGGGGACGCACUGUAGGACAGUCCCAGAAGGAGACACCAGCACUGAGACGAGCAGCCGGGUCAAGCGAGUUAGAGGUCGGAGAGGAGCCGGUGUGGCGCCGGCGGUGUGACCCACCGGGUCGUAGGCUGGUCCUGCGGGCCGGAGCGAAGCUGAAGGAAGAAGAGUCCCGUUUCUCCUGACCCCCGCUGACAGCCGUCCAUCACCAUGGGCGAAUGGACCAUCCUGGAGAGGCUGCUGGAGGCAGCUGUCCAGCAGCACUCCACCAUGAUUGGACGGUGGCCAGACAAAGGAGACCAAAGGGAUGUCCGUGUUGCUCUGUUUCUGCUGGAUAUGAUCCUGCUGACAGUGGUGGUGAUCUUCCGUAUCCUGAUAGUCGGCAUAGUGGGCGAGAAGGUGUACGAAGACGAACAAAUCAUGUUCAUCUGUAACACCAUGCAGCCCGGGUGCAACCAGGCCUGUUACGACAAGGCCUUCCCCAUCUCGCACAUCCGCUACUGGGUCUUUCAGAUCAUCCUGGUGUGCACGCCGAGCCUGUGCUUCAUCACGUACUCUGUUCACCAGUCGGCCAAGGCGCGCGACCGCAGCUAUUCCCUGCUCCACUCUCACAUGGACCACCACGGACACGGUCACCACGGUCGCCACCACGACCACCACGUCCGCAAGCUUCACUCCCGCAACAUCAACGGCAUCCUGGUGCACCCCGAGAGCAAGGAGGAUCACGACAUGGACGUCAAGGAGAUCCCCAACGGACCUCGAGGGGCCUUCCCAACGCACAAGAGCUCGAAAGUGCGGCGGCAGGAAGGCAUCUCCCGUUUCUACGUCAUCCAGGUGGUGUUCCGCAACGCGCUGGAAAUCGGCUUCUUGGCCGGCCAGUACUUCCUGUACGGCUUCAACGUCCCGGGGAUGUUCGAGUGCGACCGCUACCCGUGUGUGAAGGAGGUGGAGUGUUACGUGUCCCGUCCGACGGAGAAAACUGUCUUCCUGGUCUUUAUGUUCGCGGUGAGCGGCAUAUGCGUGCUGCUCAACCUGGCAGAGCUCAACCACCUCGGAUGGAGGAAGAUAAAGUCGGCUAUGCAAGGCGUGCAGGCCCGAAGGAAGUCCAUCUGCGAAGUGCGCAAGAAGGACGUCUCGCACCUGUCCCAGGCCCCGAACCUGGGCAGGACCCAGUCCAGUGAGUCAGCAUACGUCUGACAGAGGCUUCUCCGCCUGGGAGCUCGAGGACCUUUGAAACUUUGGACAAGAGCUUUUCCCCGGCCUGCUCAGUAGGGCAAAAAGACUGGCCCCUGAAUCCUUACUAUUACCAUCAAGAGCACAGGCUCUGUGCAGUCACAACAAAACCAGUCACCGAGCAGAGUUUUUGACACUCGAAGAGAAAAUAAUCACUUUUCUUAAUAAGGGGGACACCUAAAACUUGUAUACUGCGUUUUUCUGAUCUCUCCCUGGGUGACACUAGGUGCUUACAGAGAACACAACACUGAAACUGAGCAUUUUCAAACAAUACUAAGAUACUGUAAAGAUAGUCUGAGGUUCUUUAUGCGUUGCCUUUGCCGUAGGAUAGGAAUAAAAAAAAAAUGACAUUUUCCAUAUAUGUGUGCAUAUGCAAGAGCUUAAGCGAGCGCAUGCCUGCAUACGCAUGAGUGUGUGUGAAUGGGAAGCCGAAUGCUAAAUUAUUCUGAAUUGCUGACAGUAAGGUAGUUAUUUCUCGUUGUUGGAGAAUAGUCACUUGAUGGAUAAAUAAGCACUUUUUUUUUUAAACAGAAAAAAGCAUAAUCUAUGAGCACUAGAAUGAUCAGCAUAAACUGGAACACAGUAUUUGUUGUUGUUGUUGCUGCUGCUGCAGGAUUUCGUUUUGAAAAAAAAUAGAAAAAGAAGAGAAAAGUCACGUCUUCUUCGUGUGCUUUGACGGAUUUAGAUGCCAAGCAGAGAAACAGACUGACGACGAGUUUUAUUUCCAACACUGUGUCGGUGCACUUUGUUGUUCCUGGUGCCUCCAAGGCAUGCCGUUUCCUCUCGGAACAGCUGAGAAAAUCAUGCCAGUAUCUUUACUUUACUUUGUAAACGUCUCUCGCUGUGGAGAGCUUAUGAAUGGAGUUACACGCAGACUUUUUUUCAGUUAACCAGGGGGGAAAAAAAACAAAACAAAGAAAUAAACGUAGUCGCAAAUAUUUUAACGCGUAACCUCAGACCUUUUUCACAAGCACAUUUGGUGCCAUAUUUCCAAGCUAGUGUACAUAGAUGAAAUGUAGUAAUUACACUUAGCCUUUUUCCCUUUAUCACGUAUGAAUAGGCUCCGAGUGGGCGGGGAGCGGGGGGUUUCGGUGCUUCUGAAGAUUAACCAUAGAUUGCCGGCUUUAACAAUAUUUAGCAUUAAUGUGCUUUUUGUUAUGCCUUUACCCUGCCUCUAAUGGAUACUCUGUGUCCCCCCCCCCCCAAUAAAAAAGAAGAGUUUUAUUUAUUUUUUCCCCUUCCUUGGACUUUGAAAAAGGCAUGUUACAGAAGCAUCAAUAGAAUGGAAUAGAAUAUGACAUGUAACUUAAAAAAAAAGAGACUGUUUUAUUUAUUUGCAUCCUGCUCCUGUGAAAUGUAAUAAUCAGCAUGCAUGAAGACGAAAAACAUAGAGACACGGGCAAAGAAAUCUCGUUUUAUGGGAAUACCGAAAGCCGAAAACCUGAGAGGCGCCUCAACUGCAGCAAUAAUAGAGUAUAACAUGUGAAAAGAAAUAUGUGAAUAAAUGAUUAUGCAGUGA